GACCGUGCGAAGGAGUUGUCCGUCUGCGUCUCGGUGCGACUUUCGGAAACAGGAGGCGAGAGUCCAGGUAAAUGGCGUGUCGCGCGACGUGCGUCCUCCCGGCGAGCAUCCUUUCGGUUCACGGUAAAAACGACGGCGGCAGCAGCUGAGGGGGGAAACACGACGAGGCGCCACCAUAUUGCGUGAGAACGACCGGCUCCGGCGAAGAUGUUCGCCUGCGGUAGAAUCGUCGGCCGACUGCCCGCCAGGCUCACACACGCCAGUCGCCUCCAUCUACCUGUAAAAUACGUCGGAGUUGUAAAUAUUAGCACCUUACGCUGCUACAGCAGCGAUGCGAGAAACAAGAAACCGCAUAAGCCGCCAGGCACCACCGUCAAGCCAGAGGAAUGUGUGCCCGACUCUAGAUAUUCCAAUUCGCGGAAAACAGUUCCUCCCUGCGAAGCUGAAGCGACUUGCCCGGCGUCGCAAGAAGGUAUCUGCAAGCCAAACGGCCAGCAGAAGCAACCAAGCGAGAAAGGCUCGGAUUCUGGCAAAAAUGGGAAAUAUCAGUUCCGCUACUGGCACCUGCUCACUGCCUUGAUUGUGACAGGAGUUGCGUACAAGGUAUCCUCGUCGUUUUUGUCGAAAGAUGACGAGGCAGCUCAACAAAAAGGCAAGCAAAAGAAAGAAGGGAGGAGGCACUGGAGAUCUAGAGGCGUGGUAAAGGUUCCAGCAGAAUCAAAGUUAAUACCCCAGGAGGUACCUUAUCUGUUAAUAGGCGGAGGAACGGCUGCAUUUUCGGCAUUUAGGUCAAUUAAAUCUAGAGAUCCCAAAGCUAAGGUUUUAGUUGUAGCGCAAGAGGAGGAGUUUCCGUAUAUGAGGCCGCCGUUGUCCAAGGAGCUUUGGUAUAACACGGACAGCGAAACAACCGCACAAUUGCGCUUUAACCAGUGGAAUGGAACUCAGAGAAGUAUAUUCUACGAGCCACAAGAGUUCUACUCGAGCGUUACUCAUCUCACGGAGUCUGAUAAGGGUGGAGUUGCCGUAGCUAUGGGUUGGAAAGUAACAAAAAUCGAUGUUGUAAAUAAAACUGUAACUCUUCAAGAUGGAUAUGAAAUCAAAUACAACAAAUGCCUCAUUGCGACCGGCGCGUCACCUAAAACUCUGCCAAUAUUUGAAUCCGCCGAGGCCGCUGUAAAAGACAAAGUUACAACGUUUAGAACAAAGGACGAUUUUCUCGAUUUGGAAAGAAACGUUUCUAAUUCAAAAUGUAAGAAUAUUGUAGUUAUCGGUGGUGGAUUUCUCGGCUCGGAACUCUCCUGCGCUCUCGCUAGGAGUUGUAAAUCUAAAAAUAUUUUCCAAAUUUAUAAAGAAAAGUUCAUAAUGGCACAAGUUUUGCCUGAAUAUUUGAGUGAGUGGACUACGAGAAAGGCUGAAGCAGAAGGUGUUCGCACUGUACCUAACGCAGAAGUCCAAGAUUACAAAUACAAAAAUGGUCGAUUAUCCCUUAUCCUCACUGGUGGUCAGACUAUUGAUGCUGAUCAAGUGAUAAUAGCGGUAGGUGUUAAACCAAAUACAGAUUUGGCAGCAACUUCUAAUUUAGAGACAGAACCUAACGUAGGAGGAUUCCUUGUUAACGCUGAAUUGGAAGCGAGAAGCAACCUUUGGGUUGCCGGUGACGCCGCAUGUUUCUAUGACGUCAAACUUGGCAGAAGAAGAGUAGAACACCAUGAUCAUGCGGUUACCUCUGGAAGAUUAGCGGGCGAAAAUAUGACCGGUGCAGGUAAACCUUAUUUGCAUCAAUCAAUGUUUUGGUCCGACUUGGGACCUGAUGUAGGAUACGAAGCGACAGGUAUUAUAGACUCAUCUUUACCAACUGUUGGAGUUUUUGCGAAAGCGGCGGAAGCAAACACGACGUCAGCUAAUAAUUCUAGCGAUGAACAAAAGACAAAUUCUGAAGAUUUGCGAUCUAAUGAAAAAUCGGAGUCAUCAGUGUCACAAAUUGUGAAAAGUGUUGAUAACGCGGAAGAGGGAAAGAAAGAAAUAUCUGGAGAUGACAUCAAGUCAGAGCAACCUACGAAGUUCGAAGAUUUUGGGAAGGGCGUUGUUUUCUAUCUGCGAGAUGAUGUUGUAGUAGGAAUAGUACUGUGGAAUAUCUUCAAUCGAAUGUCGAUUGCCAGACGGGUCCUUGCAGGAAACACAAAGUACGACGAUUUAAAUGAAGUAGCAAAGCUACUUACAAUUCACGAAGAUUGAUUACUUGGUUAACAAAUAAGAGAGUAAAUGACAAUAGUAAGAGAUUAUUGUAUCGUAUAUGUAAAAAGAUGUCUGACUUCUGUGUCUGAGGUAUUAUCAUUGAAAAACCUGCAAACGAAAGCUCGCAUAUCGUUGAAUUUCGUAGAUAAAUGCGAAUUACAUGAGUAUCGGUCAUAUGUUGUAUACAUAAAAAUUUCUAAAUACAAUCUGUACACAAAA